AUGCUUCUUAUAUACACGAUCGGUAUGCUUGGUGGAGGACUAAUUGUCCACCUCUACUAUGUACAACAUGAAGAGGAUUUGUAUACAGCAGCACUGUUUGCAGCCAAGUCACCGAAAUUGACAACAAGCGAUAAUACAUAUAAACAGUUGAUUCUUUCGAACGAUUCAAUACACGAACAUGCAUUACAACAUUUAGCCGAGGCAACAUUGGCUAACGUAUUGGCUAAACAAGUACGUGUGUUCUGUUGGAUACUAACAAUGCCAGCAAAUCAUAAAUCAAAAGCUGUUCAUGUGAAAGCUACGUGGGCUGGUCGAUGUAAUAACUAUUUAUUCAUUAGUAGUGAAACUGAUUCGCAUCUUCCUUCAAUAGCUGUUAUCAAUGCUGAAGGUCGCAACUUAUUGUGGAAUAAAACAGCUGGAGCCAUAAAAUACAUGGCAAAACAUUAUGCCAAUGAUUACGAUUACUUCAUGAAGGCGGAUGAUGAUUCAUAUGUGAUUGUAGAGAAUCUGCGCAAAAUUUUACAUAAAGAAAAUCCCGAUAAACCAUUUAUCAUGGGCAGACGAUUCAAGCCAUUUGUUAAACAAGGAUAUAUGUCCGGCGGUGGAGGAUAUGUGCUAUCUCGAGCUGGUCUUUUGAAUAUCGCUAAUGGUUUGGAAAAUAAUGCCGUUUGUCAAAGUAAUAAACAUGCAUUCGCUGAAGACGUGAAACUUGGAUCUUGUGCUGAAGCUACAAAUGUUUCAGUAAUUGAUAGUCUAGAUGCAGAAGGACGUGAAUGCUUUCAUCCGUUCUCUCCAUCACAUAUGCUUACAAAAGACACAAACGGCUACCCAGAAUGGUACCUAAAGUACAAUUACCACAGAAUAGAUACAGGAUUCGAUUGUUGCAGUGAUUAUGCUGUCUCAUUUCAUUAUAUUAGACCUGAAGAGAUGUAUCUCUAUGAAUAUAUGCUGUAUCAUCUACAUCCUUAUGGGAUACAUCGAGAUUAUGUGGAUUUAAUGAAUUAUUUACAACAGAAUAGAAUUUCCUGA